GAUUGCAGCUGCCAAGUAGGGGAAAAAUCUGGGACAAAUGGCCGUAUUUUUCUUUCUACACAGGCAAAAUCUGCAGAUGGAACAAGACGUGCUAUCCGGAGAAAAGCAGCUGUGCGACAACCCCAAGCGCAUUGACGCCUGUGCCUGGGACGGCAGAAGGCGCACGGCUGCCGGGCGUUACCAAUGGGGAACGCACACCUACUUCGGAGAACAGAAAUCCCCGAUACUACGCCAGAUACAGUCAAGGAGACCGUGCCCCGAGAUUUGCAUUCCUCAAACUCCAUUAUUUGGGAUCUCACGCUCUCCCCACGCCAGGAGCCCCCUUCCCAGUCAGUCCCGGCUCUCCACCACAGCACCCCGCGGCCCCGGCAGGGCCCGCAGCUGCUCCGCCAGAGCUCAGGUGCGCGGCUUCUCCCGGCCAAAUCCCUCCCAGGCAGGGCAGGCUGUCACGCAGGGCUUGGGGCCGGCUCUCUCGGAGGAGCCGAGCCGCCCGCUGCCGCCCCAGGGUGGACGCGGGGAGGGGGGAUGCCGGGGCCGGCCCGCGCUGCCAGGGCGAGCGGGGGAGGUUAGCUCCUUCCGCCGCCGCGGGAGGACCUGAGCACGCCUUCCUUCGCCCAUUCUGCAUGCUGGACUGUUCCUCCAGUUCAGCUUCCAAGUCUGAUUGACAGUCAGAAAAGAAAUUCUUGUCUGCUGCAGCUCUUUUCUGGCUUGCAUCUUCAUGAAAAGCUACUUGGCUUUCAAGAACGAUGCCACAGAGAUACUUUAUUCACACGUCGUUAAACCUGCCGCAGCGAGCCCAAGCAGCAAUAGCACGAUGAACCAAGCCAGGAACGGAGGCAGGCACUACACCAGCACUGCAUCCGACCGUAACAAUCGUGUUCAAGUUGGCUGUCGGGAACUGAGAUCCACCAAGUACAUUUCAGACGGCCAGUGCACCAGCAUCAAUCCACUGAAGGAGCUGGUGUGUGCUGGUGAAUGCCUCCCUUUGCCACUGCUCCCCAACUGGAUUGGAGGAGGUUAUGGAACCAAGUACUGGAGCAGGCGGAGCUCGCAAGAGUGGAGAUGUGUCAAUGACAAAACUCGCACCCAGAGGAUCCAGCUUCAGUGCCAGGAUGGAAGUAUAAGAACCUACAAAAUAACUGUGGUCACAGCCUGCAAGUGCAAGCGAUACACCAGACAGCACAAUGAGUCCAGCCACAACUUUGAGGGAACCUCUCAAGCAAAACCCAUCCAGCACCACAAAGAGAGGAAAAGAGCCAGUAAAUCCAGCAAACAUAGUACAAGUUAGAAGUCAGACAUUCUCUCCUCUCUCAUCUCCCUCUCCUCAUGCCAAAACUGAACUCGCCUGUAAUCAUUUGCUUUACCAUUCUGACUGCUUAAAGACAAGUCUGCCAUUGCUAUGUUCUCAGCUGACACUACAUGCUUAUUGCUUUGACCAAAAUCAAAAGGGGCAUUCUCAGCAUGUGGACCUUUUGGGUGAUUUUCCAAAUGCUCAAGAUGGGGAAUAACACAAACUUUCCAAACCUACACUAUAAACUUUUACAUUUUCUCCAGCCAUGGAGGCAAAGAAAAUUUGCCAUAAAUAUUCACUGAAGUCUAUUUUGUAAAAAGAUGCUUUGUUGUGUGUUUUCAUGAGAACAGUUAUCAAGUCUAUUGCCUUCUAUAUCAUGUUUUAUGAACUUCUGACAACAGCUUAAAAAUACAACACCUAGUAUCUGCUUUCAGAUUCAUUCUAAAAAAAAUGCCUUGCAUGCUGACCUUUCUCUUAUCUCAGUAUACCAAAAAUUAAAAUAUGCAUGGCAGCAAUCAAAAAGUAAAGCUGAACAAACUAUUUAUUUGUUGUUGUAAUUAUUUAAUGAGCUUUUAUGUGUGUUAUUUCCCUCCAAAAUGUUCUUAUGUUUAUAGCUUUCCUCAUAUAUCAAAGUAUUUCCCUAUGAUUUGUGGCUGGAUUAGAACAUACAUUUUGUAGAUAAUGUAAAAUAGACAUUUUAGCAUUCUAGGUAUAUAUAUUUUCAUUUUGAACAUUCAUAGACUUAGGUGUUAUUUUGAAGUAGCAACAUAAAAAUUGGUUUUUUUCACUCUCCACUCUGUAUUAUUUUUGUUUAAAAGUGUGCAAUCAAAAGACAGAUAUGAUGACUUCCUUU